ACUACUUAUAAAUUAUAAUGCUGAUGGAGCCUUGUUUCUACCUUCACCAACACCCCCCGCAUAUCUCUCUCCACCAUCGGAAUCACUCUUGUAUAAUGCUCCGACUUCAAUUGUCUGCUCGUUCCUUUGUCAGCUCCGGCGCCGGCGACUUUGCGGAUCAUCAAACAUUCGUCUCUAAUCACCUCGGACGUUCAUUACCUUCGAUUUCAUAUUCUACACUUCAACUAAAGCAUUAUCACCGACGUUCCAAACCGGUUGUCAUCUCUUGUAGUUCUUCUCCUGGUCGAAGAUCUAAACGCUACGAAUAUGAAGACGGUGAUGAUUACUUGGAAGCUGGUGUACUCAUGACAGAAACUCUAAUGCACUAUCAGAUGCGUAUACAAGGAUAUCAAGAAGCGAUAAAAUGGCAGCCUACUGGAAAGUUGUUUCCCUUCUCUGGUCAAGAAAAAGGUCCUAGUACUAGACCCAAUAUCCAGACUCUUGGACCGGAAUUUCUUCGCCAAUAUCGAAGUCCCACCAUAUUUCUUAAGAUUUCCUGUGAUUGUGAUGGAGACUAUUUGCUACCAAUUAUCGUAGGUGAAUAUGCUGUUGAAAAGCUAAUAAGCUCCUCGCUGGAAGAUGAGGGAUUUCCCAACCAGUUUCAGCUUGUGAGAAACAUUGUGGGGAAACUUGGCUAUGAAGUAAAACUGGUACAGAUUACAGAAAGAGUGAAUAAUAUAUACUUUGCAAAUAUAUGUUUUCACAAGCCAGGCACAGAAGAUAUUAGAGUGGAUGCUCGUCCUUCAGAUGCCAUAAAUGUAGCUAAACGAUGCAGGGCACCAAUUUAUGUAAAUAAACAAAUUGUGUUGACUGAUGCUGUUAAGAUAGUCUAUGGGAUGGGCAAGUUACCUGAUAGAAGACCUACAUAUGAUGUAUUCUUGGACAGUGCCAUAGAUGGUCCAGAUGUCCUUGCUGAGGAGCUUGAUAUAGUUACAAAAAUGAAUCUUGCUGCCAAGGAAGAAAGAUACAGUGAUGCAGCCAUGUGGAGAGACCAACUUUUGAAGCUACAUUCGUCGAAAAAUGAACCUGAACCGUAGGAUCUUUGAGCUGGAGUUGUGAGGAUAAGAGCGGAAGCAUUUCACGGUCUGACAGGUGAUACAUCGUUAUGUACAGCUUUAACGUGUGUUUAAAAACAUUUCCAGUGUGGAAAUCGAUGGCAUUUUCUUGUACAUGAUUACCGGGCCCGUAGUGGACGGUAAUUACGAAAUGAACGAUCUCUAAUGUUAUGUUUCAGAAUGUGUUCGUGUAACAACAAUUUUCUCUCUCAUUAUCUGUAAAUUAAA